AUGGUCGUCAUCCGCAAACAGCCAGUGGCACCAGCACCGCCGGUAUCAAGGACGUCUUCAUCCCAACCUAUACCCUCGAAAAGACCAACAACAAAGCAAACAAACGGCGUCAAUCCUAAACCGAAGAAAGACAUGUCAAAGCGACCAUUGUCACCGUCAUCGCGAAAAGCAGUAAUAAAGAAACCUCCACAUCGCUCGCUGAUCGACAGGCUCUUUCUCUUUCUCCUCGCUUUCUUCGCCAUCUACGCAGCGACAGUAUGCCGCACCCAUUCUCCCAUAACCCCUGAGACAACACUAAUCUGCCGCUCUCUAUCAACCUACCGUACCGCCAUCCUCGAACCAUACGUUCUCCCCCCCUUAAAAGCCAUCAUCACCCAUCCAUCAGUCCAGCAAUCCUACCAAUCCCGCGUUCAGCCGUAUCUCCACGCUGCCCAGCCCUACUUCUCCUCCGCCGUUAAAGCCGAGGCGCGUGUACGACCAUAUCUCGUUCGCGUGUACACUUUGUCACGAAGCGCAAUUGAGAGAACGUGGAAUGGCAUCCUGAAACCGUAUUACACAAAGGCGGUAUUGCCCCGAUAUAGGCUCUACGUCCUUCCACACAUCAAGAAAGUUAUCCAACCAGCCGAGGCGUGGUAUCGUGCCGUUGUUCACCCUUAUCUCUCAAAGAUACAAGGUUCAUAUGAGACAACGAAAGAUGCCGUUCAGGAGCUGUACUUGACCUCCAUCCAGCCUUAUGCAGGAAAAGCAUGCUCUACCACUCGCGCAGCCCUUUGCACCACAUACAAGAAAGCACGUCCACAUCUACUCACGGCGUACACGUAUACUAGGAAAACAGGCUGCAGCGUAUGGAAGAAAUCCCGCCCUGUUCUAUGUGCCACCUGGAAACAGGCUACACUUUACCUGAAAUACGGCAUGCAUGAAUUCGGCAACGCAAGGCGAACUUACGUGGAUCCACACCUAAGGAGGAUUUGGGAAAAGGUAUCUCCCGAGUCUCAGGUCGUCCCUCCUACGACAGACGAAAGAAUCACAAAGAUAGAAGAGUACCCAGACACUAUCGAGGCGGAAACAGCCGAAUCUCUCGUCAAACCAACGCACUCCACCCCGUCUUCUAUCUCAUCGCCAGCACCCACGUUAUCAUCAGCACAAACCACCACAAAGUCAGCGUCCCAAGCAGCACCUGAGGAAACACCUUUGGACGAGGUCGCAAACGCACCUGUCCACGCUACACCCAUCCCAGAAGCAGAAGCUGCCGUAAGCAUCGCACAAGCUAGCGCUGGCAGCCCAGAACCCACUGGGCCUGCUGCAGAGCUUGAGAACGAGGUUACUCAAAGCGUGCUUGCGAGUGUUGCCAAGGAUGAGAUAACCGCCACUACCACUGAAGUCAUAAGAGCACCCUUAGUUGAAGAGGCCUCGCCAGCAGAAGCAGAGGAAACACCUGUUGUUGCUCCGCCCAUACCAGAAGACGAACCUGUGACAUCCUCUCACGCACCAGAGAAAACAGCGAAGAACCACGACGACCUCCUCUCCGCGUCCUCUAUAAUCCACGCAUCCGCACACGGCGUCCUACCCACCGUCGCUGCAUUCGAGACCAAAAAUGCAGCAGAAGAGGAGAUUGACGAUUUUUUAAGAGAGAUUGGGAUUCAUGAUGACAAAGAACGGGAGGAACCUAUAUCCGCACCGCAAGAACAAGAAGAGCCUGAACAACCUCACCAACCCACACCGGAAGACAUCGCAUCCCAAGUAGCCGCCAAACGCGCCUCCAUCACCACUCGCCAUGCGAAAUGGCAGAACGAGCUCGAUUUAUUGGUAUCGAAUAAAGAGAACGAUUUACGUACGGUUAUCACACUCAUCCGGAACGCCGCUGUCCUCGAACUACACUCCCUAAGCGGGGAAACGAAGCACGGGAAAAAAGGUAUCUUAGGUGGAGUCCAGAACGAGGGUGAGCGGCUGGUGAAAGGCGUCGAGGCGUAUUUACGUGGCGCCGAAAGCCGGAGUGGGGGGUGGAUUUUGGUAGGGGAGGAUGAAGGGAAGGACAAAGAGAGGAAGGGUGAGAAACAGUUGAUUGCGCAGGGGGAGAUGGUCAAGUUUAGUCAGGUUUUGGAGAGGGUUGAGGGACGGUUUGAGGAGGCUGUUAGGGGUGUACAGGGGGAAGUGCGUGAGUGGUAUGUUAGUGUUAGGGAUAAGGAGGUUAGGGAGGUCGUGGAAGCAGCAGCAGAAGUGAAAUCGCUCGCUGAUAAAGCACAGGCUGAUAUCGGACUGGACUAUGCAUGGCUUGACGACGUGACGUAUGAUGAUUGGCAGAGAUAUCAUGAUCUUAUGAGGACAUCCGACAAAUUCGAACAAACAGCCCACCAAAUCCAGAACAACACCCACCCAACAACACCUACACCCGACCCGCUCCUCCCCGUGCUGGACAAACUGCAAGAAGAGCUAGGGGACGUCGUGUUAGGCUUUCAUGUCGCCCUGGGCGGACCAAAGGCCCGCGCUAGGGAGGUGUUUUCGGUAUAUAGGGAUGAUGAUGAUAAGAAGAAGGAUGAAAGUGGGUUCUUUAGCGUUAAGCAUGGGGAGAAGGAGGGGGAGGGGAGGAGGGUGGAUGAUAUGAGGGGGGUUUUGAAGGAACAAGAGGAGGUGCGGAUUUUGCCUAUUGAGCCUUCACCACCACCGCCAGCAGACAAGGAAGAGGUGGUGGUAGAUGUGGCUGAUGUGCUUGUAGGGAAGAGCAAGGAGCAGGUUGAAAGGGAUUUGAAGGAUGUUCCGUUGGUUCAGGUACAUGAGGAGUUAUGA